AUGGUUUUGAAGAAGAAGAAGGAAGUUCAGGUAGAUGCAUUCUUCCUUGAUCACCAGCAGCUUGAAAAACUAAAGAAGUUUUCAAAGAAUGAAGAGAAAAACUUGGCAUCCCUGCUUCUGCACUGUGCACAGCUCAGCAAUGGCAUCCAGCAGAUCCAAUGCAUUAAACAAAUUGCCCCGUUGGUGAAGAAGAUGGAUCAAUACUCUGCAUGUGAUCCCAUGGUUAAAGCUUGUUUGGAUAUUUUGGGAGAGAUGUAUUUUUCACUGAGCACAAAGAAUCCCUUGAAGAAAGUAUUAGCAAGUUCACUAAAUGGUCUUCCUGAGCAGUUCGUGAUGUUAGGUGUACAAAGCUUUGUCUGCUGCCUUAGGGAAGAACUGAAAACCACAGAUGUGUAUUUGUACAGAAAAGUACUGGACAACCUUGCUGCCUGUCUGGAGGACUUCACCUUAGGUAGAGCAAGUAUUAAGAACCUGUUUGAAGAAGUUCUUCAGUUUCUGCAGAAGUCACUACUUGACAUCCAGGAAGAAAACAGAAAUAAUCAUGGAAAUUGUAUUGUUCAGAAUCAGUUGAUGUAUGAUUUGCUGAUAGCCAUCAAAGUUUCAAUGAUGUUUGUACAGAAAUUACAAGAAAAUAUCCAGGAAAGGCUCUGGAAACAUCAUGAGUCUUUUGUUUGGCAGAGUAUGUGUAGUUUACUGAAAAGCUCCACAAACUUCCUAACAGAUGCAACUCUACUACAAACUGUUCAGACCACCUCAGGACUGGCCAUUAUUCUGUUUAUUAAAGUGAUGUAUGAGCCAGUUGAAGAAUUACCUUUCUUGGUGGGUGACUUGCUGCGUGGGUCAGUGAAGCACAGAGGUGUGCCCACGUGGCUGGCCAGUAGCUGCAGGGCUCUCUGGAUGCAAGAACUCCCUGACUCUGGCCUCCUCUUUCUCUGCCAUGGAGCACUGGCCAUGCUGGAAUGGAAGAAUGGCAGCAUGGGUGAAAAUGGGGAGAAACUGUUACUGGAUAUCGCAUCAGUUCUGUUGUCUUUGGGUUCAGAGUCAAAAGAAUCCAGCGUGGCAACAUCUUUGUCUAGGAUCCUGGCUAUAUGGACUAAUUCAGCACUGGCUGCCCUCGUUUCAGCUUCACCACAUCUGAAAACCAAACUCAACGGGAACUCGGAUGUAGUUGAGAAGCUGCUGGAAUACAUUUAUACACACUGGGAACACCCUCUGGAUGCUGUUAGACACCAAACCAAAUUGAUAUUCAAGAAUCUUCUUCAGAUACACCGAGCCACCAUUGCUGGAUGCAGUGAAGAAUCAGACCCCUUCUUUUCAAGGCUGAUGAAGCGUUUGCUAAGCCUGGAAUGGCACGUGAAAGGGAAAUAUGCUUCUCUUGGCUGUCUUGUGGAGUGUGUGGGCACUGAAAAUAUACUGCAGUUGGACAGAACAAUUCCAGUGCAAAUCUUGGACGUGAUGAAUGAUCAGUCUCUGGCACCCUAUGCAAGUGAUCUUUUGGAAACUAUGUUUACAAAUCACAAAGCCCAUUUCACUUCGAGUUUCCAAGAAAGCACGUGGAUUGACAAGUGGCAUGACAUCUGGGUUUCUCCUCUUCUAGAAAUACUGUGUGAAGGGAACCAUGAGCAGACUACUUAUAUAAUAGAUUACUAUUUACCAAAAUUGCUCAAAUGUAGCCCUGACAGUCUGAGCUACAUGAUUACAAUUCUCCAGGCUUCUGCAGAUGCUAAUAUAGGUAAGAAAUUUUCAUUUCCUUUAGGCUCUGGCAGUACUAGAGGAGCUCUUGGAGCAUUAAUGGCAUGCCUAAGAACAGCCAGGGCUCACGGACACCUGGACCUUUCAAACAUCAUCAGCAAUGGUCUUGUAUCCACUGAGUGUAUAAAACAGGGUCUAGUUCAUCAGCACAACCAGGUUUGCAUUGAUGCUUUAGGUUUACUGUGUGAAACCCAUCGUAGCACGGAAAUCGUCUCUGUGGAAGAAAUGGAACUAAUUCAGUUUUUUAUGAUGUACAACUUGAACAGCCAGUCUCCUUCAGUAAGGCAACAGAUAGGUUCUUUACUGAGAAAGUUAUUUUGUAGGAUACAAGAAAGUUCCCAGGUGCUUUUUAGAAUGGAGCAAAAUAAAACCAAGCAAGAGUUACCUGAAAACUCAACUAAAAGGCAUCCUCUGGGGAUUCUGCAGCAAUAUAAAGAUUUCAUGUCAUCUCUAUGUGACAGACUUUUUGAGGCACUGUUUCCUGGUUCAUCACACCCAACCAGAUUUUCUGCACUAACUAUUUUAGGAUCAUUAGCAGAAAUAUUUUCUGUUCCAAAAGGGAGGGUAGCACAGGUUUUUCAGUUGGAUCAGGAGAUUGAUUCUGCUCGUGUCCGAACUUUGAUCCAGUGUCUGGCCAGUACUUUUGAGGAAGUAAAAGUUCUGGCAUUUGGGCUUCUGAUGAAACUACACAACGUUGCAUUGGAUUCACAGGAUUCUGAAAAUCUAGGUCUCCUGUUCCAGGCAGCAAUGGAUCUUAGCACAAGUACAAAGCCAUACGAUUGUGUCACUGCUUCAUAUUUGUUGAACUUCUUAGUGCAUCAUAAAGGACUAUUUUGUUCAGGAAAAUGGGUUGAGCAUAACCCCCAGGUAGAUGAAACCACAUCAGUAAGUACAGUGGAGAAGAACACCUUAGCAGUUAUCAAGCUUUUGUUGGUGAAUGUUGAAGAAGAAAUAUUUCAAGCUAAGAAGUCUCUGCUUCAAGCAGCAGCAUCAUUCCCAAUGUAUGGGAGAGUGCAUUGUAUAACUGGGGCUUUGCAGCAAUUACCUUUAAAUAACUUGACAUUGGUAGCUGAAUGGAAGGAAAUGGUGGCCAGGCUCAUUCUGAUGUCAUACAAACUCUCUGCUGUAGUAUCCCCAGUAGUACAGAGCUCAUCCCCAGAGGGUCUUAUUCCAAUGGAUAAUGAUUCAGAAAGUUCAGAUCGUCUGCAGAUGAUUCUGCAUGAGAUACAACCACAGGACACAAAUGAUUAUUUCACUCAGGCAAAACUUUUGAAAGAACACUGCAAAGUAGGCUCUGAAGAGCUGGCUGACCACAGAGCAACAGAAAGUAUUUGCACAGAAAUGAGAGGUAAAGAGAGGCAAACCUGUGAUGUCACAGCUCAAAUGGUUCUUGUGUGCUGCUGGAGAAGCAUGAAGGAAGUGUCUCUGCUCUUAGGGACACUGUGUAAACUUCUGCCUUCAAAGCCUGAGGCUGAACCUUCAACUGGGUUGAUUACUGUAGAACAGGUUAAAAAUAUUGGAGAUUACUUUAAACAUCACCUGCUGCAGUCGAGGCACAGGGGUGCGUUUGAAUUGGCAUACGCUGGCUUUGUGCAACUUACAGAAACACUUUCCAGGUGUAACAGGGAGGGUCUGCACAGGAUGCCAGAGCAGUGGCUGAGCUGUGUUUUAGAAGAAAUCAGAUCUUGUGAUCCUUCAUCUACACUGUGUGCAACCAGACGCAGCGCGGGAAUUCCCUUCUACAUACAGGCUUUGUUAGCUUCAGAACCAAAGAACAAAACAGAUUUGCUGAAAAUGACAAUGAAAGAAUUGUUGACUUUGGCUGCACCUUUGAAUGACUCAUCAAGUGUAAUUCCACAGGUUCAUGCUUUAAAUAUUCUUCGGGCACUGUUUCGGGAUACCCAUUUAGGUGAAAACAUCAUGCCUUAUGUUGCAGAUGGAAUACAAGCAGCAAUUUUAGGUUUUAUGUCACCUGUCUGGGCAGUAAGAAAUUCAUCUACGCUUCUUUUCAGUGCUCUGAUUACAAGAAUUUUUGGGGUUAAAAGAGGGAAAGAUGAAAAUUCCAAAAAAAAUAGGUAA